GCCUGCCUUGACGCGCCGAGUAGGGACGCAUCCCACAAAAAGGAAAACACUGAAUGAGUUAAUGUUUAUGUGGCGGCAGGUCCAGAGCCAAGAGCAAGGGACACCGGGAAGCCUCCUUCAAGCGCAGUGUGGUGACGGCGUGUGCAGUGACAGCAUUAACACAAGGAGCCAAUCAGUGAGCGAGGACCCACUACAAGUACCUAUUGGAAGAUCGGCGACAUGAGCAAGGCACAGAACCGCUCCUCUGCAGGGCGGCCCAAUCAUGCCCCAGCCAAGGCCGAGGUAAUCAAGCUGGCGGCGCAAGGGAAGGACAAGAUGGAGACGAGAAAUGUACAGGAUAAGACAAAGGACGGUAUGCAGGCUAAAAACGUUACUAAGGACGGUAAGACCACGGACAAGACUAUGAACGGUAGACAGAACAAAAACGGGACUCAGCAGGAGACGCAACACGUACUGAACAAGACGGAAAUACAACAAUCCUCGCAGGAUAGCCCAGUGAAAGGCGCAGCCCAACAUAAUGGUCAAGGAACGCCUGCUCAGGAUUCCUCUCAAGGCAAAGACGCGAUGCUAAUGAAUACAAAAGACACUCCUGGUCUGAAGGUCAUCUUGCCAACCCCUACUGAUGUCAGCGGAGAAGUGCACGUGGAUCAGAAGCUAAAUAGUCCACAAACAAAGAAUCCAGUAGUAAAUAAUCUCCAACUAAAGGAUGCAGUGCUAAAUAACUCACAAACAAAGGAUGACGUUAGUGUUGGAGAAGUAACGGAAGGGGAAAUGAAAAGUAUGAGUAACGGACCUAUAGAAGUUAAUGUAAAUGACUUACUAAAGGACUCUGGGCUAGAAAAUGAGUCAAUAAAGGGUGAUGAGGGACAAUGGAAUCAGGAGAAACAAAAUAGGAAGGUCACGAUUCAACAAAAUACGAUCGCAAACUGCGCUGACAUAACAACUGGGCAGCAGGAGAAAGCAGAAAGCGAAACAAGUGAUAAGACAGCAAUGGAAGCUCGAGAAACUACUAUAACUGACGUGAAAAGCCAAACAAAUCAAGAAAACCAAAGUGCAAAUUCCGAAACAGACUUAGAACAGAAAAUAGCUGUGUUAGAAGACAAAGGUGACGAUGGCCAGCGCAGUGAAAGCGAGGGGGAGACAAGGAAUCUCAGACUGAGAAGCAACAUCCAGAACGCACCCGCGCCCAACAGACAAAGACGGAACAAGACGCGACACAGGCAGACCUCGGAAGACGACUCUGAUAAUGACUCGGACGACCAUUUAGCGAUGGACAAUGCGUUAGUGAGACACCUCCUCCCCCACAUGAGUCCCGCCCUCUUGCCUAAAGCCAUGCAGCCACUAAGAGAGGCACGAGAUUCCUCCUCCAACUCCUCCGACGAGGAGCAGCAAGCGCAACCCAAGAAACUAUCCCUCAACGUGAUCAAGGAGUCAUCGGAGGCCAGCGACGCGGAGAGUGAUGAGGAACCUAUGGCCCCGCCCCCCACUGCGCUGGCUUCUAUGCGUCGUCAUAGCUUCCACCAAUUCCCGGCGCCGCCCACCAAGAGUCAGUCCAAGAAAGCAGAGAAAGUUCGAGCGCUCCUACAGGCGGUGGAGGAAGAGGAACUGGAGAAGAUUAGCAAGAAACUGGGCGAUAAAUCAAAUUUGGUCAAACAACACCUUGGCCAUGUGGAGAACCGGUUGUUUGAGAUGUUUGGUGAUGAGGAAAAGAGGACCAUCAACAUUAACAAAUUUCUUAUGGGGCUGACUGCAACAGGCAUGCGGCCAUCUGAUCCCCGCUUGAAACAGACAAAACAGAACCUCAAGAAGCUGCAGGAUCAAAUGGGCAGCGAGUUUGUUUCACUUGAUAUUGACUAUGAGACUUUUAUGGGCAUCAUCUCAGAGAACCUGGAGAUUGUGGUGAAGGCUUUCUCAGCAAACUUCGUCAUCCCAGACUUUCAGGGCUUCUGCAAACAAAUGGAGGAAAUCUAUAACAAAUGCUAUGCCAACCACUCCGGCAAGCCAGCACAGUACAUCCCACAACUGGCUCGCUAUGACUCCAAGUCGUGGGGAAUGGCUAUAUGUACUGUGGAUGGCCAGAGGUUCUCCCUUGGUGAUGUGGAGGUGCCUUUCACCAUACAGUCCUGCAGCAAACCUUUGACUUACGCCACCGGCCUGGCUGUGAACGGCUGUGAUUACAUGCACAACUAUGUCGGGAUGGAGCCCUCGGGACGCUACUUCAAUGAGCUGGUCCUUGAUUAUUCCAACAAGCCACACAACCCCAUGAUCAACUCAGGAGCAAUAAUGACAGCAGCUAUUAUUAAGCCUGAACUUUCAGCAGCAGACCGGUUUGACUAUAUGUUCAAGGUGUACAAGCGUCUGGCAGGAGAAGAGUACCUGGGAUUCAACAACUCUGUCUUCCUCUCAGAGCGGGAGUGUGCUGACCGAAAUUUUGCUCUUGCUUACUUCAUGAGAGAAAACAAGUGCUUCCCUGAGAACCACAAGCUGCAUGAGUCUCUGGAUUUCUACUUCCAGUUAUGCUCGCUGGAGAUCACUGCAGAGUCUGGUGCAGUGAUGGCAGCCACGUUGGCAAAUGGGGGACUGAACCCGCUGACAGGCGACCCAGUACUGACCGUGGAUGCCGUCAGGAACACCCUCACACUCAUGCACUCCUGCGGCAUGUACAACUAUUCCGGACAGUUUGCUUUCCAUGUGGGGCUGCCAGCUAAGUCAGGAGUGUCUGGCUGUGUGCUCCUGGUCAUCCCCAACACCAUGGGUAUUUGCCUCUGGUCUCCGCCCCUUGACACCAAUGGGAACUCCUGUCGUGGCGUUCAGUUCUGCAUGGAAUUGGUAUCUCGUUUCAACUUCCACAACUUUGACAACCUGAGAGGGUUCAACCUACCCAAGCAGGAUCCGCGCACUGCCAAGAUUGAAUCCAAGGCACAGAUUCUCUUUGACCUCCUCUUCUCUGCUGCUGCAGGGGACAUGUCAGCCCUACGACGGCAUGCACUAGCUGGCACAGACAUGCAGUCCAAGGACUAUGAUGGUCGCACAGCUCUCCACGUGGCCACCUCAGAGGGCCACGAUGAAAUAGUCAGCUUUCUGCUCAAUAAUUGUAAUGUGGACCCUCUACCCAAGGACCGAUGGGACAGAACACCAUUGGACGAUGCUGAGAGCUUUGACCAUCCUAAGUGUGCUAGGCUGAUCACCAAUUGUUGCAAGAAGAAAGGCAUCAAGCUCCCAAUAUCAUACAAGGAAUAUAUGGAAAUCAACAAGAAGCAAAGUGGGCCAUUGGUAACAGUCAAUGGCAUCUAAGCAUGUCAGCACAUCAGGAUCUGUCAAUGGAAGGAGGUGCCAGUCACUCACUUAUCAGCUGAAGCCAUCAUGGUAUCAACCACAUUAGGAGGUGCUACAGUGGCAUCUGUUUAUAGUGCAGUAGUCAAUGAAGUAGCUACAUAACA